GAAUCUAGUGCGUUGUGAGAGUAGAAAGAAUGAGCAAACUCUUUUUCCUGAGUUUUUGGCUGUGUCUUUCCUUUGAAAUGGCUGGAAGCCUCCAAUGCUACAAAUGUUUCCGUGAGCGUGCACAUGGCAAAUGUCCAACAACUGAAAAGCCCUGUAUUGCAAAACCCGGAGAGUCCUGCUUCCGGCAAAAGGUCGUUACAGAAGGAGUUCCCCUUUAUAUUUCGGCAGGAUGUGCUUUGAACUGCAAGGCAGUCUCUGCAGGACAGCACAUUUACCAUAUCAACAUAUGCUGCUCAAAGGAUUUAUGCAAUUCUCCAUCGUCCAGUCAUUACAUUCCAGGGUGAGGAAGGGCUCCGUGCAUCAUUGUCUGACUGGAAGCAAAACACUUGGAAGUUCCAUUGAGUGUAUCUCAUUGAAGUUGUUGCUUCCCUGUGCCCACCGAAAAUGUCUCUAUGUCUGUGUGUCUUAUGAGUCUUUGUUGACAUGUGGUAAUCCACUACAUUUCAUAAGGUUCUUUUAGACAAGGAAUGCUUAGAAGUGUUUUUACUGUUCAUUUCUCUGAAAUAUAGUCUACAACGCUU